AUGUUGCUGGAAGCAGCCCUGCCAUGGAAUACCUUGCCUUUCAGAACUGCAUGGCCUACCUUCUUGGCAGUGGUCUCACCAUGUCAGCUCUCAUAACAGACAGACACCUCCAUUGUAACACAUAUCAGGGAAAGAUGCCAGAACAUCAAACACUAUUAUGAUUUAUGGCAUCUUGAAAAGAGUAAGCCCCCCCUCUGUUACCCUAUCUACUAUAAAUGGUGGCUACUUAAUAAUGCACACCUGUGUACUGUAUUAUGAUUGAUACAAAUGAGCAUUUUUUCAAAAGUAUUCUAUUAUACCUUGAAUGUUGUGGUUUUUUUAAUUUCUUAACGAUCAACAAAAUGUUAAUAAAGAUAAGCAAAGAGAAAGAUUGUUGUGCUCUAAGUACAUGGAUAGGUCCCUGCCUAAAUCACUUCCUUUGGAGUGCCACUUCUACCCUGUCAGGCAAUGAAAUGCUGAUUUGGGCCAAAUUCAAGUCUUUCCUUUACCAUGUUGUCAAUAAGCGCAAACAUUUGCCUGAUGUAAUUUUUAACAAAUGUGCACAUGGUGAC